UCCUCUUCUUCGCCGGAGCACGUACGCCGCCAUUGCCAACGCCACAUACGCGGACCAAGCAAGCUAGCAAUGCCGCCCCGCCGCCGGCCGAAGAAGGGGGGUGGCCGGAUCGACGCCGCCAUCGACCACUUCACACCCAUGGGCUACGCCAAGCCCGACAUCCGAGCCGUCGUCAAGCAACUCCUCAAGCUGUACGGGGACGACGGGUGGCCGUUCCUGGAGGAAGGCGCAUACCGCGUCGUGCAGGAGGCGCUCUUCGAGAAGCAGGAGAGGGAGGAGCAGCUCCAGCUGCAGCAGGUACAGGAAGAUGAGGAGCCUCAGCAAUUGGAGGCAGCAAUGGACGAGGCACCGUCGGAAAUGCCUAUUGUAGAGGUGCAUGAUGAGACUGAUCCUGUAGUUGAAGCUAUACUGCCAGUUCCUGAAGCUACAGUAACUUCUGAUACAAGGCGACCCUGCUAUGGGUGGCUUAUUGAGUAUGAGAGUGAAUCCGACUAUGAAGAAGAUGCAUGUUCCAGAAGCUGUGAUAUGAAACCAUUUAACUGGUGAUUCUUUCUGCAUCUGAUAUCCGUUACUUUGUGGUCUUUACGUUGUUGUUAUUUACUCCCUCCGUCUUUUUUUUAUUCGACGCCAUUGACUUCUCAGUCAAUAUUUGACUAUUCGUUUUAUUCAAACAAUUUAUGUAAUUAUUAAUUAUUUUGUUAU